AUGUGGUUCUUCUCAGGCAAUGAGGGGCAAGCCGAGGCCCAAGCAGAAGAGCCUCAAUCGGAACAGGGCCCCGUCCAGCCAGAGGACUCCCAGCAGCACCCCGCUGAAAAAGGCAGCGAAACCACCUCACAGGAAACAGAAGGAAGCUCAACCGAUUCCCCAUGGAGUUUCUGGGGUCAGUUGGCUGCAGUUGCACAAAAUCCUGGAGAGGUAGAAGAGGAUGAAAGCCUCAGCUCUGCGACAAGUUCCGACGAAGACAGUGGUACGAACCCUGUGCAUCUGUCCUCCAUUGAUUCUGCAACAAGCACUGAACAGCAGACGCGGGUGGAGGGGCCCACAGAACAUGAGCAACCGGCAGAACAAGCACCAGGGUGGAGCCUGUGGGGGCAGCUCGUGGGAUCGCCGAAUACUGAGGGCGCUGCUCCUGCUGCUGCUGCUGAUGCCGACGUCGAAUCUUCUGCUGUUCAUCCGGACACUUUGGCUAAUGAAGAGUCUUCAAGGGAAGCAGCACAAACGGAGGAGAGCGGUGCCUCAGCUGAACAACCUGCUGCGGCGGCUGCGGCUGCUGCAGGUCCGGGCGUCUUCAACUGGAAUCUGAUAGGCGGAGCGGCUUCCUGGAUUCAGCCCCAGUCAACAACAGAGGCACCAAAGGAGCCAGUUGCAGAAGAGGCGCAUCAAGGAGACAUAGAUGAGACGGACAGAGCAGCCUCCUCGGAGCCAGCUGCCUCAACGGAGGCACCGCCGCCCGAUAUGCCACAGAGGCACGCAGAAGAGAAGGAGUCCCAAAGAGAGGACGAUUCACACUCUUCUCCCCUGAACAGCCCGUCUAGUAGCAGCAGCGCUGAAGAUAGUAGCGGCUCUGAGGCAGAGGCUGAGUCUUCCGUGCCAGGGACUUCACAGCAGGCCGCAUCGGGAAGCGAAGACAGACCAGAGUCGGGAUUAAAGGACUCCCAUUUUCCCGACGACGCUGCUAAACAACAGAAGGAAAUUGAAAAAGAUACAGAGACAAGCAAAUCUAUUGAGCAGGCUCAAUCGAAGGGUGCCAGGUUUACGAAAGCCAAACCGAAACCCCCAGCAUCUUUGAAAUUAGGGAAGGCGCCACAGGAGCUUUCAUCUUCAAUUGGCGCGGCUGCCGCUCCCGAGCAGCAACAAUCAACUGUGCCCCAUCUGCAGCAAGCGGCUACAACAGACAGCCAGCCUGGUACAACGGGAGAGCAACAGCCAGCAGAUGCACCAACACAGCAGCAGCAAACUGCUACAACAGAGGAGAAACGAGGAGCUGCAGCGCAGAACGAAGUUGCUACGGGAGAACAAAUGCAGCCAGCUGAUACUUCAGACUCGAAAGAUUCAUUAGACAAGACGACAGAGAAAUCCGAUGUAGUACUGCCCCAGCCCGACGCAGCUGCUGCUGCUGCUUCUGCUGCUAGUUCGCCGUUGGCGAAGCUGCUAGCCCGUCGUCUACCAAAGCACUCAGGCUCUUUCGUGGAGCGGUCGCUCCCUGACGGCACCACAAUUAUUAUCACCACUGAAGAGGGCGGUGCUUCAAAGCCCAAGCCGAAGCCUCCCGGCGAGAGCGGCUUGCUGUUGCCUCCCCCAUCCAAGGGAGAGAUCCCCAAAACUGAAUCAUACCCCCGAUCAAAUAAACACGAAGAGCUCAGCAUGCAGAAACCUAAAGCAAUUACCCCGCAGCCGCAAGAUACAGCCCAGCACGCGCGUCCUCCCAAGCCUAAGCCUCCUAGGACGGCUUCGUCCAAACCGCUACAAGCGAGUCCAACCAUUGCUCCGACACCAGCACAGAUGACAGAGGCUGCUUCAAUUAACGAUGACACUUCCACGGAAUUAGCAGAAAAAACACCCAGUGAUACCGAACAAAGGCAGGACACACCAGCAAGCAAGCAAGGAAACCAAGACGCCCAAACGACUGACGCGGUUCCUAUAGCACACGUGGAGGCGGACACCGUUCCUUCUAUGGCGGCGACGGGUUCUGCAGAUGAGGCCCAGCCGCGCCUCUCCGACGCCAAGGAAGCGGAGGGCUCUGCGGAGAAGCCUAGCGAGGAUGAGAGCAAGGCAAAGGCUGUGGUCAAACUGCCGCUGCCUUCGAAAGCACUUGGCGCCAAGGGUCCUCCGCCUCUUCCUAAAUCAUUGGGAGCGAAGGCUGUUCCUUCAGUGGAGGGGAAGGGUCCUGGAGAUGCAGAGGAUCCGGGCGUUUCAGAGAGCAAGAAGGAGGAGGGCUCUGCGGAGAAGCCUAGCGAGGAUGAGAGCAAGGCGAAGGCUGUGGGCAAACUGCCGCUGCCUUCGAAAGCACUUGGCGCCAAGGGUCCUCCGCCUCUUCCUAAAUCAUUGGGAG